AUGGGAGGACGACAGGCAUGGAAGAUCCCGCUUACGGCGUAUCUCCAGGCGUUCUCGGCUAGCGAUGAUGUCGUUUUGGUGCUGCAUACGAAUGGAUAUCGCUCAACGUCAUCACCAGCUGGAGACUUCGUGAACACCAUUCACAAGUUUGCAUCGGAGACGCUGGACAGGCCAUUGAAUGAGUUGCCGAACAUUCACGUGCUACCACAGUAUAUUCCACAAAAAACCUGGCCAUCGUCGUACAAGGCUAACAAUGCACUCAUUCUUCCGUCGCUGGUGAAGGACGGGCCGACCCCCUGUAAAGACCAUGGCGAUGGGGCUUCCUGUGAUUACGACGCUUCGGAGUGGCACAACAGUGUACAUGACGCAGCCGAACUCACUCCGGAAGGUGCGUUCCGAGGACACAAGUCUGUGAAGCAUCUUCACGACCUUUUGGUCCAGAUCAAGCAGCAUCCCGAGGAAGCAGUUGCGAAGGGAAAACAAGCUCGCAAAGACAUGGUGGACAAACACCCCCGAAGAUUGGUGGUGAGCUCGUCGUUGGACACAUCUCGCACGUAUUGA